GCUGGCGUCGUCGCUGGCACAGGCUUUUCUCCGCUGCCUCGGCUGCCUCACUCCCAUGGUUUUUGGCGUGCUCGGGCACGUCCACGGCGAGAUAGUGCAGGUCAACGGCGUGCAGAUCCCGAUCCAGGUGCACAGCGAUACCACUGCAGCGGCGGCGCUUCGGUACGGCUGCGCCUUCCUCUCGCGGGGCGGCUGGUGCUGCCUCUUCGAGCCCCUGUUCUCCGUGGCUGCCUUCAACCCUUUCCUCUACAACCCGCACUCUGUCAGAUGGGAGCGGCCCGACACGGCGCUUACAGUGCUAAUCGGCGAUUGGAACUUUGUCAGACAGCCGAAAGACCGCGUCAACCUCAGCAGGGGUACGUGGUCGGAGGGCUCGGACGUCGGGGAGCACGAGCAGUUGGAAGAUGCCCUGCUCCGGCCGCACGGCAUGCACGAGGAGCUUCGGGGCGCCGACGCCUACCCGGACAACGCGCACAGGAGACUGCUGCUGCUGAAAAUGGCGAUGGCGGCCAUCAGCUUUGAGCUCAACGCCAUCGAAGCCCCGCAGAGUUGCCGCUUCUCCGUGCCACUGUCGAUCUGGACGGCGCUUUUUCCGGGAGCGCCGAGGCGCGGGAAACUCUCCGAGACCUUGUUGGCCGGCUGGCGCGGGAAGAUGUUCGGCACGAUCUCCACGAGUUGGGCUCUGCAGCUUGGAGGCAUUACCACGGCCCCGCCGGAGAUCGCGGCAGAACUCGCGCGACACUGGGGCGGCGUGUUCACGGCCCGGGACGUCGACGAGACGCGACUCGCAGAGUGGCUGCAGGAAGGCGCAGCGGCGGGGGCGGUGACGCAAAUGCCAGCGAACGCCCAACUGUGGCGAAUCCGUCGACGAGAUGUCCGGAUCGCACUGGCCAGCUCGCGCGACAGCGCUCCAGGCCCCGACGGCAUCGCAGCGUCUCUCUGGAAGCGGCUGGGCGAGAUGGCUGUGACGGUCCUCUUCGAAGCCGCUCAGGCCCUAGCUGCGCCAUCGGCCCCAGGAGACAUUCAGGCCGCAUAUGUGGACGAAGACGGGAGCUCGGGGAGCCACGGCUUCAACUUGGGCAUCCUCUGCUGCAUUCCGAAGAAGGCGAGCGAGCACGACCCGGAUCUCGGUGCAGUGCGCACUGCGGAUGGCACAAGGCCUCUCUCGCUCGUCGAUGUGUCGAACAGAAUCAUGGCAGGGUCGUACAAGCACCGGUGGGAGUGCACACUCGGAUCUUGGGUAUCGCCUGGCCAGAGGGGCUUCCUUCCGGGCCGAUCAAUGCUGGCAAACGUCGUGGAACUUGAAAACGCAGCCAUGCUGACUGCCAUGCGAGAGGCCCAGGGCAUGAUUGUCCUCGUGGAUUUCAAAGCCGCAUUUCCAAGCGUGUCGCAUCGAUUCAUGCGACUGUGCUUGGACGGCCUCGGCAUGCCGAGCGAAGCCCUCAGGGUGCUGGAUGCGUUUUACAACGGCGGACGUUGCUCGAUCUCGGUCGGCGGUGGGCGGUGGCCGGGCUUCGACAUGCAGUCGGGCAUCCGGCAAGGCUGCCCGCUGUCUCCUCUGAUCUUCGCCACUGUCAUGGACCUGCUGCUCCGCAUUCUGCCCCUGAGGAUCGAGGGCGUCGUCGUCCGAGCUUUUGCCGACGACAUCGGGAUCGUGCUCCAGGAUGCUCCGAGACAGUUCCCAAUCCUCCAACAAGCCCUUCAUGAGUUUGGUUUGCUCUCUGGCAUGGAAGUUAACCUCCCGAAGACCGUGGGCAUCCCGCUCUGGGAAGAGCCACUGAGCGACGCCUCUGCGCGCGUAGCAGCCGCUUGCCCCGCUUGGAGACAGCUGCCGCUCCGUCGUUCAGCGACGUAUCUGGGCUGCGUCAUAGGGCCAGAGAAGACGAGCAGCAUUUGGGACACCGCGUGCCAGCGAUUCCAGGAACGAGUUGCAGGGUGGUCGUGGAGCGAGAUGGGCCUGCACUUUGCGAUACUUGCGUAUAACGUCUACGCGCUCCCAGUGCUGGCGUUCACGGCGCAGAUCGCGGCCCCCGACGGGAAGGUGCUCGACUUGGAGGAAUGGGCGCUGAGACGUGCGGCGCCGGGACUUGGAAAUUGGGCCACUCCGAACGACCUCUGGCACAUUGGGGUCCACUACGGUAUGCCGCACUCGUUUGGCCGCCUGGAGGAUGUCGCACGUGCGUCGCACCUCCGGGUCGCGCACCGGGAGAACGCGGAGCACGGCGGUUUGCUGCUACGUCAGCGCGCCCGAGAACUCCUUGAGGCAGUGCUCGACUCAGAGUACGACCAGAGGAGGGCGCAAUGGUCGGCCUGGCUAAAGGCGGCCAUCCCUGCAGUGCUGACAAAGUCACUCGACCACCUCGCCGCCAUGGGCGUGACUGCGGACGCCGUGGAAGAAGCGGCAGGCCGAGCGAGCCGCCGGUUUCAAGCUGUCGCACGGGAACGGAUCAGCCAGGCGGAGGCGCAGAACCCGCAUUUCCGUAUCCGGCACAAGCUGAGCAGAUGGCAGUUGCUGGGGGUCCCGCGUCAGCUCGCAGAUGCAUUCCAGACCAGCUUGGGGCGGCUGCGGCGACUGGUGCCGCCCAGGGUGGUGGCGGCUGUGUUCAGUACUGCCUGGAAUCGGUGGUGCACUUUCAGGAGAUUUCAGCAACGGGACGACGCAGGCAACGUUUGUCGGCUGGGCUGUGGCGGCGGCGCAGAAGAUAGCAUUGAGCAUUAUUCGAGAUGCAGAGUCAUGCGCCGCUUCCAUGCGACAUCGCUCCGCAUAUAUUCGGAGUCGCUGCUGCCAUAUUGGUUGGGAGUCCACGCCGGCCGGCAGGACGACGAUCUGCUCGCCAAGGGGGCGCUGGGCGCCUACGCGGCCUACCGCGCGACCAAUGCGACUCGAUCUACUGGGACGUUGACCGCAGCUGCGGCUGGGAGGGCGCUGCAACAGGCCCUACGGGAGGCGGCAACAGGCAUCGGCUUCCAAUUUCAACCAGCCCUCCGGGCGCUCGAGCUGAGCGCGCAAGGUUCCGUAGGCUCUGUUCGGCCCGCCUCGAG